AGCAAAAGGAAGAAAAAAAAAAGGCAAAGACGACCUGCUUACGUCAUCAGAGUGACCGUGGCCUAAAGCGGACUAGCGCUGAGGCUCGCUUACUCUAUAGAUUAUGUAAGCACACUUUCAUCUUUUUGAGCUCUUUUUUUGGGCUUUUUUUUUGGGCGAUUUUUCUUUUCUCUUCCACAACGACAACCAAAAGCCCUGAACUUGACGUCUCAGUCUCCGCCCAACUCGCGGUUAAAUCGAUUGUUUCUCUUGUUCACUCCUCAUCUAACAGAAAACAUUUCAAAAUGAAGCACCUCGCAGCUUUCCUUCUCCUCGGCCUUGCCGGCAACUCCUCGCCAUCUGCCAGCGAUAUCAACGAUGUUCUCUCCUCCGUCGGUAUUGAUGCCGACAACGAGCGCGUUGAGAAGCUCCUCGCCGAGCUCGAGGGCAAGGACAUCCAGGAAUUGAUUGCCGAGGGUUCUACCAAGCUCGCCUCCGUCCCAAGUGGUGGUGCCGGUGGUGCUGCUGCUGCUCCUGCCGCUGGCGGUGCUGCUGGUGGUGACGCUGCUGCCCCCGCCGAGGAGGCCAAGAAGGAGGAGCCAGAGGAGGACUCUGAUGAGGACAUGGGCUUCGGUCUCUUCGACUAAGCGCAUCCUCUACGGGAUACUACCAAAAAGAAAAAAUAAAAAGAAUUACGGCAGUGAAUCGUUCGUUCGGCGUGUAACCAACAAUGAUGAUGGAUAUGACUCAGCUCAGUCGGUGGAAUAUCUGUUUGAUGCAUUUACAGACAUUAUGAUCUGGGUUUGGGCAACGGCUUGUCUUGUUAUCAGCAGGAAUCGCUGUCUUAUCAUAAACCACAGCAGGCUUUUAGUCUGUUGACACCAUCGCAAUGCAACUCGGCCUUACGGCUCCCUGCUGAAUUUUCUACACCAGUAUUACCUCCUCCAGAGUAACCCUUGUAAUGAAUACGUCAAAUAGACGCACAUUGUAGCUCAUCGCCUCCAAUCCCGCUGUCCCCGCUGCCCAGU